GACGAAAGUCAACUUAGAAAAAUAUUCAAAACGAUUAAAGCUUAUGCAGCACCGAUUUGGAUAGUUAAUUUUGUUGAAGGAACGAGAUUGACUUCAAGGAAAUUGUUGGAGAGUCAAAAAUUUGCCAGGGAACGUGGUUUACCAAUAUUACGAAAUCUGCUGGUGCCCCGUACAAAGGGAUUUGUAGCAUGCGUCCGUCAAUUACGAAAUGCCCAUGUGCAAUAUGUCUAUGAUUUUACAAUUGCAUACCGUUAUAUUGCUCAAGGAUUUCAAUUUCCACCAAAUCUUCUACAAGUUCAUUCAUAUUCACCUAUCACCCCACCAUGGUCAUUCCAUGUCCAUAUAAAACGAUACGCAAUUAAAGAUUUACCUGGAGAUGAUGAAAGUUUGAGUGAAUGGGUUAAACAAAUUUUUGUGGAGAAAGAUGCUUUGUUGGAAGAAAUGAAGACACAUUGGACAGAGAGCGAGAAAUUAGGUGGUGUUAGAGAAGAAAAAUAUUUUUAA